CUGAACUUUAUGAUGUCACAGCAGAUGGAGACUACAUGAAAUACCUGUGUCUGGUUUAGUCAGCAGUUGAACAAAAUAAACCGACCAAGAAAGAGUGAUUGCAAAACAUUGAUAUGAAAUGGGUAAAAAUCAGAGGCCAAAGAGUGCAAGCACAUCUAGCAGCAAGACAUCUGCGACUACAGCCAGGGGCAGUGUGCCAUAUACCGACUCUCUGAGAUCACAAUGCAGCAGCUUGGAAGAUGCUUUAGUACAAGAAUAUAUUAAAGAGAUCAGUAAAUUUCCUUCAUCAUCACAGCGUUUGCCAAGAAAGUGUCGAUCACCAUACAAGAUGACAAUCCACAUUCGUACACAAAGGGCUAAACCACCUUUGCGGUCUCCAGUUGGAUCUCUUCCAUGUUCACAGACCAGACGAUCAAGAUUUCAAAGUUCCAUUGAAAGCUGUGGUGUGGUUUCAGACUGCGAGAGCAGCAACUCAAUCCAUAAAAAGAAAAGCAGCCUUCGAUUUCCAAGGAUCAAAAGAUGUUUGAGUGCUCCCCCUGGAUCAGUUAGGAAGGCACACUCUUCAUUAUCCUCAAGGCUUCUAUCAGGUCACAGAAAUAGCAAAGAAAAGCCACUCUUUAAACGUCAGCAGUGGAUCAUAAAAGUGACGGCUUACAAGAAUGGGACAAGUGACGUGUCUGCAAAAAUAACAGCAUCUAGCAUCAAACUGUUAUUAGAGGCCUGCACUACAAGGCUUGACUUGAACACAGCUGCAAGAAGGGUAUUUCUGGCAAACGGUCGAGAAGCAUUUGAGCCGAGGGACAUUCCUCAUAAUGCUGAUGUUUACAUUUCAACAGGAGAGCCAUUCAUGGAUCCAUCCAAAAAAAUAAAAGACCACAUGUUAUUGACCAAGAGGGUGAGUUGGACAAUGAAAGGAGUAGUGCUUCCUGUUGACAAGAAACGUGGCAAAACAAAACCUGUUCUCUCGAAGCGUCUGAAGAAGCUCACUGAAAACACCUCUGUCAGAAUCUUGGUUUUUAAGAAUGGAGCUGGGCAGGACGGGUAUGAGAUCACUACAUCACUUGAGGAGAAACAACAGUUCCUAGAUCAAUGCACUCAAAAAAUCAAAUUAGCACCACCAGCUAAACGACUGUAUGACUGGCAUGGUGAUCGAAUACGGGACCUAAGAACAGUUCCAUUGCUCGACAAGUGCCUGCAGAAUUCCAACACACCUCUCCGUGGACCUGUCUGGGUCUCUAAGGGGGAAGGGUUCAUCCCGUCAGGAGCUAGGACAUACAUCCAGGGAAUCCUAUGGGCUGUAAACCAAAAGCUGACGCCUGCAAGGAAUUACAGUAAGCAGAUAUACCACACUUUGAAUGGAUGCACACGGAAGGUUACGCACAAAGCCCUUCUCUCUAUGACUACAGGAGAACUCUAUAAAAUAAAUGAAGAUUUGGAAAACUUGAUCGAUGAACUGCGAGCUGUUAUCAAGAAGUACAAUAGUCAACUCUCAAAACUUGGCCCACAGUUACAGGCUGAAGAGGAAUGGCAAAGUGCCCUUGUGUCCCGGACUAUGAAUAGGUUUCCAGCAAACACCACUCUCCCAAAAGGCCUGCAGCUGAAAGUGUAUCGGAAUGGUCAGAGCACUGGAGAAGUUCUCAUCUAUAUUAACAUGAAGGCCAUAGAGAAAGAGUCAGGAAAUGACAAAUUCAUGAUGGAAAGAUUGCUACAGAUGAUUUGUCAACGGCUCCAGUGCUCAUCCGGCUAUCACGCUUCAGGUCUCAACCUUAGUCCUACGCGGUUGUUUGAUGAAAAUGGGCAAGAAAUAAAAAAUCCCCUUUUCCUUGAAAAUGAUCAAAAGGUUUGGGUGUCUUACGGAGAAGACUACAGGAGCAUCUGCAAACCAUUCCUGUGUGUGAGAUUUGACCGGGUAAUAGGAGUUAUCGAGCAGGACCAGAAGGUGGUUUAUAAAACUUCUCUGGAAUAUAAUGGUCCCUUAACUGGCAUGGAAAAAUGUGAGACUUGGGAAGUGUGCACAGAAUUCCCGGACAACUAUGACUGGGCACGCUCGUAUCAAUCCGGUUAUGAAAAGAUGGAUAUGACAAGGAAUUAUCAUUUCCUUCAAUGGAAAAAUGAUCCACAACUGGUCGUGUACCCUUCUAUUACUAUUGAAAACAGAUCUGAGAAAGCUGCUUCCAUUAAAAAGGAGCAAAAGAGAAACAAGAUUUCAGAAGGAGCAUCAAAGUGGACUUUCUCUUAUAUAUGGGUUAUUGCAAAGGCUGGAAUGAUCAUAUGUCGUGCUGUUCCCCAACUCUGCCUUGCUGUCAGUGAUCAACCCAUCCGGUUGAAGAGUGUGGGUAAUGUGGAGUUUGAAGGUUAUACGUUAGUUGUGCAGAAAAGAAUGAGACAAUGUCCAGAACAGCAAUGGGGGUUUAGUACAGCUGGUCACAUUUACUCCAUGGCUCAUCCUGAAAUGGUUCUAACUUACAUUGGGGAACUGAAGUUAAGUGUAGAUGCGAUCCAGACUCGACAACAUUUUGAGUCGUGUUCUUUAAAUGACCAGGGGCGGAACAGCAAUUUGGAAGAAGAGGUCUCUGCAAAUAGCUUGAGGAAGGGUAACCACAAAGAAGUUUGUAGGGACUCAGAAGUCCAGUUACUACCUGAAGGGUGCCUUGAGGCUGUUAAGCAGCUGACUGCAGUACUCCUAACAAAACUGGAAGAGAAACACCCUUGGACUACAGCCCAGAGAUGGGCCAUCAAGCAUGAAGGAACUGCAAAGCCUGGCCAGUGGAAACAUUCAAAAUUGGAGAAUCCACUAUGGAACAAGUUAACCUACAUGUGGCCUGUACUGCCAGAUGGUGAAUUGAAUGAGGAAUAUGAUUGGCCAAUUGAGGGGUCCCUUCUCCCCAAUGCUCCGCCGCUGCUAAAACCAUCUCAGAGAAAUCACGCUGGAUACACACCUGUGAGAAUAAAGGUUCUGAAGAAUGGGGAGAGAGACAAGUCCAGGAUAUUAACAGUUACAGGACCAGAUAUCACAAACAUGCUCAAGAAAACAUACAAUGCUGCAAGGACCAAGAUUCGGUGGAGAGGAAGAAGUGAAUUGCAGAGAAGCAAAGAUAGGCAAGCAGAUCCUUCAAUUAAAGUGCAUGAGCUUGAAUUUAAACAGUUUCUAGAAAGGUGCACCUUGAUGUUGGGUUUGCCUUUUGCAGCCCGCAGGCUGUUUGAUGAAACAGGGAAAGAACAUACUCUUCUGAAAGAUCUCCAGAGGGAUCAGUUGGUUUAUGUUUCCUGUGGAGAGGCAUGGAUAGAUCCGAACUUAACCUCGUUGGAGCAGAGGAAACGUCUCCAGCUUAACAAACUGACAUGUGAUAUUGCUUUAAUCCGCAGCUACAGUGCCAUGCGCAACCCCGAAGGUUUGGUCCUUGAGGUUGUAGGUACUCUUAUGUCUGGAGCUAAGUUGGCAUUGGCUGAAAGUGUCGUGCCCAUUAACCAUGGAGAAACCACUUCUGAAGCAGAUAAGCAAAAUCAGCCAUGCACUGCAACAACUGAUGAAGAUCAUAAUGAAAAUAGAAACUUCUUAACUGAUCUACUUGAUGCACAUACCAGAACCCAUCUAACUGUCGAUGCCCGUUACCCUAAGGAACAUUAUCCAUGGGAAAGAAAAUCAAAGGCGUUUGAUGACGAUGGAGUCUCAUGGCAAGAAGAUGGGAAAUCUUUCACAAACAUUGAUUUAUACAAUAAAUACAGGUCCCAUCCCAAACCUCUCAAACCGCAGCGGAUACAUCAGCAGCAGUUCCAGUUCCAAGACGGACACAUCAUAAUCUGCAGCUGUCCUUGGCUUGUGGUGGGAGUUUUGGAGAUGAAUGCCCAACCAGGCGCUGAAGUAACACUGAUGGAGAAGAAAGCUGAUGAUAUCUUUCAACGCUGGAUAUGGAGAGAGGACAACAGAACUUUCCAUUUAAUGGGUAAUCCUGAUCUGGUGCUUGCAGUCUCAAUGACCCAAAAGAACUCAGGUUAUGGCAAGAGUGUGAUGGAAGUUCAGGGAUGUUCAAUUAUCCUUCAGAAGUAUAAAGGAUACAAUUAUGGAGCCGCUAAUCAGAAAUGGUUCUGGAUGCCAGAGAUAAAGGUUCUGAAUGCAUUUUAUACUUCAGUAUUGGACAAAGAAAUCACAGCAGCCAACCAGGCCUCUGUGUGCACCUUCUGCAUCUGUAAAACAGAGGAAUUAGACCAACCUGGUUAUUAUAUUACCCAUGCCUGCACAAAGCAGAAGACUAUGGUUUGUUUGGCAUGUUCCAGGGCACUGAGAGGACAGAACAUUAUGACAAAACUCAACCCAGGUAACUCAUUCAUCUGCGCAACAGGCCGGGAACUUAGCCAGAUUGAAGAAACAGGGCCUUUUAAAUGCAUUAGAGUUACAAAGACUGACCUUUCUACCUCUGAAGUUGAAAACACUUUGGCUUACUGGGAAGAGAAAUGGAUUUCUUUGCGGAAGGAGACCUCAGUGCAGACAAUCCCACGUGAGAUCUCAGCUGCCAAGACCCAACUGGCAGUAAGAGUCAUGGCCUACCGAAAUGGGGCUGGAUAUGAGGAUGGUCAAUUGAUCAUUGGGACAACAUUUUCCUCGUUGCUUGCCACAUGCACUCAAAGACUAGCACUCACCAGACCGGCAUGCAGACUGUACACAGCUGAUGGGAUCCUGAUCCUGACCCUACCUGAGUUGAUAGCAUGGGCAGUCAACGAGACGUUGCAAGAACACAAAUCCAAAACAAAACAAAAUGAUGAGGAUGAGGGUGGAAGACCGAGGGAAUUGGGAAGUGAGGAAAUCAAAGAAGACUGGGCUGAGCCAUCGACCCAUGGGACUGACCACUUGGUACAGAGAUUACCCCGGAUCACCACAGAGGACUUGGAGAGUAUAGACACUGAACUCAUUAGCCUCAUUGUCAGGAAUCCCAUAGAUGUCUGGGUCUCCUGUGGUGAAUCAUUUGUGCCUUUGAGUGAAUCAAACAGAAGACUGAAACUGCAACGGAAACAGUGGCUGCAAAAGCAGAAGGUUCUGCUUGAUCUUGAUAAAAUGAAACAUAAAAUGCGUCAUAUUCAAGGUAGGCGAGUGGGAGCAAUGGGACCAGCUAGCAUGGUGCCCACCAAGAGUUCAAUUCAGCCAGUAGCCGUAGCAGGAGGGUGGACAGAACCUUCACCAGAGGAGGUGAAACUCCUGGAAGAUGUACAAAGUAUGGAGAUGCAUCUAUCAGAAGUCCAUGCUAUGCUAAAGAAAGAAUACCCCUCAUUUCACAGCAAGUUGGUCUCCAGUCAAAGGCCUCUCUACAGUCAACCAGAUGUCAAGAGAGUUCUGGCAUACCUGAACGGUGAUUUCCCAGAUCAAGGCACCUAUGUCUUUGGCAAAACUAUUCAAGAGCUUCUUGAAAACUGCACCGCUCGACUUAAGCUGCGAUGCACAGCUAAGACCCUCUUCAGUCCUGAUGGAGAGCAGAUCACCUCAUGGGAAAGAAUAGAGCGAGACAUGUUGGUGUGUGUCUCCCUGGGCGAGCCUUUCAUGACUAGUACAGCGAGUCGUCAAAGAGUGGAGAUCAGAGCCAAUUAUGCAAAAGUUCUAAAAGAACAGGGACAAGAUGCUACCAACAUUGUCAUCACCUCCAGAAUGAUGUCUAAAGCACAGGGUGAGGCUCCCAGUCCUUUUCUGGCCAUUCUCCCAGCCAGAGAAAUUAAUGAAUGAACUAGAGAGUGAGAAUGUCAAGGUCAGAGAGAUCAAAUUCUGAAAACCUGCAUUUCCCUGAUAAGGAAUUGGAAUUGCUAAAUUGCAAUGGAUUCCUGUCAUUGACCCUUUCAAUGUCCCAGCGAUGGAGCAACGUUGAAGCGAUAUUGCAUUGGAAUUGAAGACGCCAGGGAAAAGUUACAAUCUGUUUGCCAAUGAGAUGCUGUGAAACAAAACCAGCUGCUCUUCUGCUUGUUUGCUGUUUUAGAUGUUUCAGGCACUGUACUGCAAAGCAUUUGAAUUGGGCCAAAUUAGAUUGAAAAUGAAAAAGAACCUCUUUGGAAGAAAGAAGAUCAAUGCCAAGCGAUCCUUUAUUUUUAAGAAAGGCAAAUUGUUAGUAUUCAUGAAAUUAGCAACUAUGCCAAAAGUUUUAUCCAUUACCCGCUGUGCAGUCAAUUUCUAGCUGUAGCAACAUAAAGUAAAGCUUCCCUUUAGAAUCGUAGGAGAAAGUGUGGACUGCAGAUGCUGGAGAUCAGGGUCGAAAUGUGUGAUGCUGGAUAAGCAUAGCAGACCAGGCAGAAUCUGAAUCAAUGUUUCAUCAUUCCUGAUGAAGGGCUUAUGCCCGAAACUUCGAUUCUCCUGCUCCUCGGAUGCUGCCUGACCUG